AUGCCACGUAAGCUACGUAAGAAUAUACGUAAGAGGAAGAGAGCAUUGAAACAUCCAAUAGUAAGACUAACACCACAACAACAGUUGCAACAACAAAUGCUGAAUGACCCCACUAUGUUGCAACAAAUGUCAAGCAAUCCUAUGCUUUUAAACCGAGUUGUUGGUGCACAGAGUGGAGGUUUAAGAGCGGCACUUUUAGCGAAAAUGGCAGGCUAUGGUGGAACAGCAUAUAACCCUCAAAGUCAAAUGAAUUUGAGUUCACUCAAAAAUCAAAUAGCAGAUGUCAAAAAGUCAAACAUAGACAUACAGAAGCAAAUAUGUGAAAACGACAAGAAACUAGAAUACGACAGACACACAAAGAAACUCAAUGAGUUAAACGUAGAGAAAAAGAAGAAAGAAGAACAACUGAAAGAACUAAGUACAGAGGAAUAUGCGAAAAAAGUGUCAGAAAAAGCAGCAGAAGUAGCAAAAAUGGAACAAGAUGUCAUAAAUUUGAAAAACCAUACUACUCGAUAUAAAGUACUGAAAGAUGAAGAAAUAAAACAAAAAGCCCUGAAGACAUAUAUGGAUAGCGAUGAGUAUAAAAAAGAAGUUGAAGCAAAUGUAAAGGCAGAAAAACUUUUACAGUUGCAAAACCAAACCGUACAGUAUGAAAACUUAGCACAAGAAAGUAAAAAUAACGACGCGGCUAUGCAAAAGGUAAUGAAAAGCGUAAAAAAUAGAGACGGAACGAAAGAAGAAAGGUUUAUGAGUCCGGAUGACUUAGAUAGGGAACUUGUUGAAAACGGUAUCGGAAUAUAUGAAAUGCCAGCAGAUGAGGUACAAGAAACUCCACAGGAAGAAGUUCAGAUACAACCAGACAUGGAAGAAAUAGUUCAGCAACAACAACUUGAAGCAGAGGGCAAGUUACCAAAAGCGACACCAAAGAAGAAGAAAAGAGUAGAACAAAGUGAAAGUAGUGAAGAAGUCUCAACAAAGUCUUUACAAAACAUAGACAAGAAAGUUCAUGACAAAGUCUUUUACAAAACAUAG